AUGGCAAAAGUUCAGGAAUGGGAGACUUAUCCCAGCAUCAGACCUCCAGUAUCCCGUUGUAGUGCUGCACUGACUGCUCAGUGGUUGGCCGAUUCUAUGAGAGAUAGUGACUGUGGACGCCCAUUUGACAUGGAACACGAUGAUAUUGUGGAGGUCUGGAAGCAAAGCCCAAAUAAGGACACACUGGGCUAUUACGGGAUAGGCCCAGAUAUUCACAAGCCGGAGGCAGUUGUGUUUAACCAGCUCAUUUCGGAAUGCCUUAAAAGGGUUAUGCCGGAAGCAACCAAAGAUAAGAAAGCAACAACCAUUCCACCUGAUGAUGAGAAUGUGAAGAAACCCAAUAAAAAAUAUGUUCUUAAUCGUUUAUUGCUAAAGUCAAAAGUUGAUAGAAUGCCUACUGUACAGGAAGCGCUAGAUGCGAGCAAGGCACUCACCUGGCUGCAUUGUCCCCGCUUACUGGAAGAAAAGUACCCAUUCCUCAAAGGUAAGCCCCACGUCAGACCUCAAGCCGCUUUCGGUAUAAAAAAGUUGGUUCCGAAACCUAAGCAUGGUCUCAGGCGAAAGCAUUUGCUCUGCAAAUUGCAAUGUGUUCUUCCCGAUAAUGCAUGCACGGAAUACGAAUACAGAAAAGAUCCCAAGUCGUAUAAAGAGUUUUGCCGGAAGGAGAUGGAAAGGUUGAACGCUGAAUGCGAGGAAGAAUUCGUAGAGCCGAGGAAUUACUCGGAGUUGUAUCCACAUUUAGUUACAUGCUUUGAAAAAAGUUCACAUAUUAAAGCCCGCAAGCCUAAAACACGAAGCUCGAAGUCGGAGGUCGGGUCGGAAGAUGACACCGAUAGAUCUGUUGAUGGUGAAGGUGUUGAUGGCGAUGGUAGCACGGAUAAGGGUAAGGAAAAAAAACGUUUUGAGAAAUCAAGAAAGAAGCCAAAACUGGAAAAAUUCCGUCAAUCGAAAGAAAUACUCAACGAUCAAGAUAAUCCCAGUAAGAUAUCCGUAACAACCGAAAAGCAACAUAUAACUUCUUAUAAAGAAGAUAAACACCCACGCAGAAGGCAAAAAAAUCCAACAAGGAAAACCAAAGUCCUUAAAAAGGAGCCGAGCGAGAAGUGCCCCUGUGAGUUAUGUCAUUUUAUGAAACGUCUAAAACGCGAGCCAGACUCUCUGCUCAUUCAACAAAUGAAAAAAGAACAGAAGCGACGGGAGCUGCUCGAUUACUAUAAGGGCAUGUGCCUUCGAGAUCAAAUGAAGUAUCGUAGUCCCAAGUAUCUAGCUCCGCAGCACAAGUGCGAUGCCAUUGAGUGCGACGACGGCUUCUGCAGGAACCAGAAAUUUGGCGAGUAUUGCGAUUGCCUGAGUGCUAUGCAACAUCUGCAAAACUUACUUGACCCCAAGAAUUGCGUUCUGCGCAAUCUGCUCAUAAGUCUCAAGGAUCGCAUUUGCCAGCGCAUCUGUGGGUGUCUGUAG